GUGUAGCUAGUCAAGGCUUGUCUCCCACUCUUUCCUACUUCUUCUACAAUUCCAUUCGUAGAGAAGGUAACUCUAUUCCCCUCAAUUUCCCCUAUCCAACCGGACUUUUUGGCCCAAAUAUCAUAUAUUCACAUAUAGUGUUUACCUAGUAAAGGGAUGGUAUGGAGAAAACUAUUUUUGUUUAUAAAUCUACGUGAAAAAUAAAUAUUUAUUAUUUAUUUAGUGUAUGAUGUAUGAAAAUGUUAACUUAUGAAGGGUAAAAUAUUUAGGAACGAAUAAAAAUAAAAAAAUAAUUCCAUUUUAUCAUUUGAUAGGACUUAUAUUAUAUAUUGUAAUCAAUUCUUUAGUGCAAUCCUGAUAAUACACAAAAUGCAUGAAAGUAUAAAUGAUAUAUGUAAAGCUAUUGAUGAAAAUCUACUACGUAAUCUAGAGCUAAUGGAAGAGAAAAUUAAUGUUAACAUUCAAAUGGAAAAUAUGUUGCGUGAUGGCCAUAUAGAAUUAGCUAAAGCCAAGUAUAUACGUGGUAAAGAAAGCAUAAGUAUUCUACAGGUUCCUGAUGAUGAAGAAAAAGUUGUUGCGUUAUUUGAAUUAGAAACCAAUUUGACAGAAGAAACUGGCAAAAUAAUUCCCAAUUUUGACUUAAGUUUGAAAAAGUCUGAUAAAGAUGGAGAUGAAAUUCCAGAUCCUAUAAAAUGGUUUGGAGUACUUGUUCCACAAAGUUUACGAAUUGCUCAAAAACGUUUCCAAGAGUCUCUUUUCCUUGCUGUACGAUCAGCAAAUAUUCAAGCAGAAAUUGUCUCUGUAUUAGAUAAAUUAAAAUCUUUAUAUUUUUUGAAAAAUGCUUACUGUCCAAUAGAUGGCAAUAAAAAUUGAAAAUAA